AUGUCUUCCGCCGGGACCCCAUCUCGCCGCGGUCCCCGCUGGUCUGCGGAGGAGACUGCCAAUUUGGUACGUGCGUACCACGGGGUGGGUAGUCAGAACUACGACCGCCCCCAAGACUGGGUGUGGACGAGAGUUGCGGUCGCUCUCAACUGCCUCCCCAACCCUCGUCGCCAAUAUACGGAGGGUGGGUGUAGGCAGCUUUGGGAACGGCUGACCGACGAGCAGAAGAGAUUGGAGGAGGAGGGGGAGGAGGAGGAGCCGGCACAGGGUCGGUCUGGGGAUGGAGGGGAUGGGGUUGAGAGGAGGGAAGAGGAGGGGGCCCGCUUGUCGGGUGAUUUGGGCAGGGAGGGAGGCGAGGGAUGGGGGCGAUGGUUCGGCCGCUGA